AUUCCAGGGUCUUCCAGCUCCAUGGUUUGCCCGCAUCUGCUAAUUUCCGCUGUGCUUGUGCUUGCAUUCACCUGGCGUCCUGUGAAUCGCGACGCGCGCCGAGCUGGGCUUCAGCCGCUGUGAUCGCAACCCACUCCAGAAAAUGACCGACAAUCCACCAUGGCUAGACAACCUUUCAGACGACUGGGUCCCUGUGCCUGUACCUGGCACCCCGACCAGCCCCGUCCCCUCUCGAUCCUUCACCCAUUCCCGCCAGUCCAGCUUACAGGACUCUCCUAGUCGCAUUCCAGUUCCCGCGCGUCGUUCCGUCGGUCCAUCGCCGUCGCCUGCCGAUAACAAAAAGAAAGUUUCUCGGCCUUGUCAUUUCGUGAAAAGGGAACCGCCCAAGCCGAAGACCCCUCGUCCUCCCAAAACCCCGUCCAAGCUGCGAUCGCCCGUCCCGGACAAAUCGAAGAAGAGCCCACGACCGGACCCGCCCUCCAGGCGUAAACAACAGCGCGCGAUGGAUACGAGGUCGCCUUUGCGGUCGGUGUCGAAUGCUUCUGGUCAGUCUGUACAACAAAGCACCGUUCAAGUGAGACCGAAGAAGGUCAAGGGCACCGAGGGAACACCUGAAUGGCGGAGGAGACUGGUUCAAGGAGAUAUACCCUCGGGCGAACAGCGCGACCUUUUCGCCCCCAUCGGACUUGAGAGCGUGUUCAAGCCACCGACCCCGGGAACCGAGAAAACCCAAGAUGAAGCCAUCUCCAGGCUAAAGCAAUCGGAUAGCAUCUGGAACUUCACCACUCCACGAUCGCCGGCUAAAUCGCCCCGGCUCGGCCAAGCAGUACCUAGGACGAGCCCAGGGAGCCCACAAGAAUCACAAAAUGGAACGCUGCAAGUAAACAAGGAACCCAAGAAACUAGCACCGGAUCAGAGCGAUAACUACAAUGAAUCGUGGAACGGCACGCAGCUGAGAACUGCGAGUGGCCUGGAGGACCUGCGAAAUGAAGAUAUAACGCCCAUUACCUUCUCUCAGCCGAAUACAAUGGAUGGGAAUGCUGCAUCGGAAGUCAUCAGGUCGGCGUUGAAAAAGGUGACAAACAAGCUGGAGAGACUACAAUUGCCACCAUACGAACGGCCGGACUCAAGAUUAAGCGACAGUCUUUUGCUAAAUCAACCGUCGGAGAUGCCCGUGGAUCCGCUACCGGAGGACGACCUACUUGAUGUUACAAGCCAUUCUUUGCCCAAGGAUCUUUCCAUGGGAACGCUGGAUUUCCGGGGACGGGGAGCCUUUGCGAACUUGCGACCCGUCGACUAUCUGAACGAAGGCUCUUUCCAGAAGCUGCACCUUUCGCCGCCUCCCUUUCCCUCCGAACGAUUGUCGCCGUUCCUUCCUGCGAAUCAAAGAAUCCGGAGCUCACCACCUUUCUACCAGAAGGCCAACCCAGUGACCGAUCCCCCGACCCUCCCUAGACCAUCAUCAGCUCAUGUUGGGGCAAGAAGCGGAGCCAUGCCCUCUUCCGGGAGUCCCCUGAAGCUAUUCGGCAAUCAUGACACCUUUACCAACAACAGACUUAUGCGACGGAUGAGCCAAUUCGAAGAGACCUUCGGUGGCCUUUCUGAAGACGACGAACCUAUGUCCCCGUCGGAAGAGGCCCGGCGUAAGGGCGAGUCUAGGAGUUUCAUGAGCGCAAAACAAGACACGCUAGGCUCACCCACGAGGAGACACGAGCGGCCGAGGUCUCGAAACACCGCGAACCCUCAUAUCAAUCGAUUCGGUGACGGGGAGUUGGACCAUUUCGAUUUCUCCGAUACAAGCCCCUACGAGCCAAAGCUGCUAAACAAUGAGGCUAUAGACUCCCACCAACGCUCUCCUUCGCGGCGACUGUCUGUCGAACGGCGGUAUCUCAGGCGUCGCUCGUAUAGGACUCAGAGUCACGGCACCGAAUCAAACAGACUCACGCAGAACUCCAACCCCGCCGGGAUGCCACACACGGCCGCAAGCACCAAUGCCACCGGGAGUCAGGGUCUAAGAGGCAUAGAAGAAUUUUUCCAGUCGGAAUCGGGAUCAAGGCCAAAUUCGCCAGCUAAAGACCCCAACCCGAAAAGACGCAGAACAAUUCUCAAGUCUCAUAGUCUGAUGCAGGAGGAUACUGGUUUUGGGAGGCUUUCAGGGCAGGUCCCGGAUAACUUGUCGUUAUUGCAAAGGAGUUUGAUGCAACAAGGGGUGACCUAUGAGGACAAAGAACCUUUGCUGCGAUCGCAAUCCACGCAACGACCAAAUACUCCAACGCCAAGCCAGAUACGGUCGCUCUCGAGAAAGAGACCAUCAUCAAGCCGGAAUUACUCGCGUGCUGGGCAUGAUGACCACGGCGAUCAAAACUCUCCACCUGAGAACGCAGUCCCUAUCGUGAGAGUUAAUGGCGUCAAUACGGAAGCCCGCAAAGGGUCAAUCACAACGCAGGAUUUCCUAAAUGAGGCCACAAAGAUUAUGGAUAUCAUCCGGUCAAAGGGUAGGUCUGCGGGCGGCCUCUCCAGCGUAGAGGAAUCCGAUGCAGAAAACCAGGAUGAAAGUGGAAGCUAUGAAGAUGAGUCCACGCGCGAAGAAUUCUCGCGGCCCCCGAGUCGGGAGGGGGUUGAUAUGCGGAAAUUAAGGGAGCCUCAAGAGCCAAACCCUCGGAUAUUGAGUCAUCUGAAGAAGUUCCAGGAGGAUGAUGACCAAGAUUUCGACGUUAACGCAUCUGUUAUGUCCUUGAACCUCGACCAAGAUGAAACCCGCUCCGACGACAGCCAUUCAAACGUGGAUUCCGACUCGCGCACACGUAAAAUGUCCGCUCCGACAGAUGAUGGUGAAGAAGAUGAUGACCUCCCUGACCUUCUGACUAUCAAUACGCAUGUCUCCGCCAAAAGUCUCAGUGCCCGUUCCAUCCCCACCGGCUCUUCACAAAGCUCGCAUGCGAAAGGAGUCUUGUCUUCAGAUAUCGUGUCUCACCUUAUUCCUGAACAAGUAAAUGGCCUGACAUACGACCGUUACCGGAACCAAUGGGUUAAGGAGAAACCCAGACAAUCUCCGGGUAAACCAAAGGGCGAAGAUAGCGAGGAUGAUCCAUUCAAGGAUAUUCCGGAUCUCAGUGUGGAUGAGCUCCAGGAGAUGAUGAGGAUGCAGAGCUCCCUCUCCCCAGAACGCGCAAAGGGUUCUUCUGUCCGAGGUGAAGACAACACGCGUCAGAGCUCGCCCAGUCCUCAUAAACCCUCCAGCCCGUCAGAGGAACGCCCGCAGCCGAAAAGAGGCGACCCCUCGGUCAAUUUCAGCUCGCUGCAGUCCAAGUCUACACCUUUUACAUCUAGGUUCUCCAACUCGGAUACCAGGGCGACGUCUUGGGAAACGGAUGUUCGCAAGCCAAGCAAAUCAACCAGCGAGGUCGAGCAUGAGAUUCAGCUUCAUAAAGGUCACCUGUCAAAACCGCCACGGCGUCAACAAGAACAUCGCCAGCAAGCUCGAGUCGUGACUAUCAGCUUCUCCUCGCCCCUUGUCUCACAAAUUGCAUACGACGAGGAUGAAAGCCCCACAAAGCUCCGACACAACAAAGGGGACCGGCAGCCCGACCACGAUCCUGCCAUUGCUGAAGAAGGGGCAUCUACAUACGAACAAUCAUUCCACCCUGAUGCAAGUUCACGCAUGUAUGAAAACGGCGGGAAUGCCGCUGAUGCCUUGAGUCUGGUUCGCAGGGGCUCUGGAUCCGUGGCGUCUACGCCGGACAAGAACAAUGCCAAUAAUUCACUGAUCUGUCUGCAAAACUUUGGGCAAGACACAAGCUACAGCUUCAAUCUGACUCCCCUGCCCGAUUUUACCGUCCACCAAAUUGAUCAACCGCUGCACCUGGAGGUGAGCUAUGUGGCUCAGCGCACCCAUCCAACCUCGCUGCGCCAAGUCCAUGGGACCUUUGCCCUGGCCACUGAGGAUCUGGUCAAGCAUAUCACUGAAGCCGAGCCAUUUGAGCCUCACUGGGAACAUGUUCGGCGGCUGGUCCUCCGGCACAAGGGCCUUAUCACGCUUCAUAGGCUCUGUGAUUUUUGCCCUCGGCUGGAAGAUCUGGACGUGGCCGGCAACGAUAUCGGUCAAUUGAGCGGCGUGCCCCCGAGUCUGAGAACGCUAAGUAUUCAGGAUAAUUGUCUCUCGAAUCUCACGGCUUGGGGUCACUUGACAAACCUGCAGUACCUCGACGUGUCGGGUAACGAGCUGGAAAGUCUGGAUGCGUUCAGCAGUCUAAUCCAUCUCAGAGAGCUCAGAGCCAACAACAACAGAAUCAGAAAUAUCGAGGGCAUAUUUGACUUGAACGGACUACUGAGUUUGGAGCUGAGGAACAAUGGCUUGACCACAGUCGACUUCAGUCGGGCUGAUCUGACUCGCCUGCAUGAUCUAGACUUGAGUCAUAACCAGCUUGCCUCGGUCUAUAACAUUGACGCCCUUCCCUCUCUGGCAGCCGUCAAUCUCAGCUUCAAUCAACUCACCGAAUUCGAAACCACCAUACCUUUACCUAGUCUACGGUCACUGAAACUCUCCAGCAACAUCUUGCGCACGCUCGACGUCGGAGCCUUCCCGUCCCUAAAUCUCAUUUACGUGGACCAGAACUCCCUACGCAGUGUUUCUGGGCUUGAGCAGUGCCGUUAUCUGGAAGUCUUCUCUGCUCGGGAGCAGGGUAGCCAUGAUGUUAACCCUGGCGUUUUCGAUAUCGAUUUGGGUCUGGUGAAAGACCUUCGGAAGGCCUUUCUUUCAUCAAACAGACUUUCUCUGCAAAGCCUUUCGCCUUCCACCCCUCUUCUAAGCCUACAACUGCUUGAUAUUGCAUCGUGCAGUCUGCAGGGGCUUCCUAUUGACUUUGCUUCGAGCUUUCCCAACGUAGUGGUUCUCAACUUGAACUUCAACUCCCUGACAGGUGUCAGUGAAUUGGCGGGCAUGAAAUGUCUCUCUCGAUUGACGGCCGCUGGAAACAAUCUCACGAGACUGAGGCGUCUCUGUCAAGUUUUGAGCCACAUCGGGAAAACAAGCAAAGGAAAGGCCUGCUCUCUGCAAAAGGUCGACAUUCGGAGCAACCCUCUCACGGUCAGGUUCUAUCCGCCUGUUAUUCGAAAUGGUAAAGAGACCGCCAAAAAACUGAAGAUGAAGGACGAACUGGGGCCCCGACACCAUGUCGGACUGGACAUUCCCUCUGCGCUGGCUGAGUUUGGGCACAAUGGCGAUAUAACGCAUCUUGACGCUGUGAACGAAGACGACAUGCCCAGCCAUGCCAAGGAGAUUGAAGUGGACGACCCUUAUACCCUUCCACCCGCCGAUCCUUUGGCUGACCAGAAAUACUUAACCCACUUGGAUGAGCCAACGCGACUUCGCAGGCGUAUUUUCGAGCUCAUGCUAUAUGCAGGGACCGGGGGUUCUAUUCGUCUCCUGGACGGCCUGGAACUGAGGCCCUCUAUGGACGAAGGCUCCGACAUGGACCGAGCUUGGGCAAAACUUGAAAAACUCGGCGUGCUCAAGAAAAAAGCAAUCACUGCUUAG